UGUGGGGUCGCAGCUGAGCUUUGUGAAGGGGUAGUGGGCGCGAGCUAAGGCCGGAGGGUUGGACGGCGGCCCUGGGUGUGCGGGCCAGGGAGUUCAGUCACUAGCUUGAUUCUGCCGGGCUCGGAAGAUGCACAGGCCCGGGAACCAUGUGGCCCCUGCAAGCCCAACAGGGAGAACCGGGGCCGACCGCCCAAGAAAGACCCCACCACGGCCGCCGGUCCCAGCCUCUCCCGCAGAGUCCACUUUCCUGACUUGGUUCAAAGGAAUUCGCUGGUCUGGCUUAACCCAGUCAUUUAAAUGUACUCUUUGUGGUCAAUGACUCUAGGAGACAUGGAGCUUCUCAACUUCGCGCUUGUUAUUUUGCGUCCUCUAAUGCCCCACGGGCCUGGCCCACACCUUAAUUUGUGUCUGUUGGGUUAGUGACCUUUCAGGCCCCUUUUACUCCAUUCUUUCAGUCUUAACGAUACUCUUUUACAAACAGUAGAUUUUAAAUGAUUGGCGAUCUCUGCAGAAGCAGUUUUUCGCAGGAAUGUACUUGAGGUAGUGCCUGGCCUGGGAUCUUCCUUCCCCACACCUUUUUAAAGUUUUAUGUAUUAUUUUGUGUUAUUACAGAUUCCUUUGAUAGUUUGGGCCACUUAGGAAAGCUUAAAACGAGUCAUGAAAGUUUGCAAAAGAAAUGCUUACAUCUCCAGGCAGAGAAAAAGAGUUAAAGCCAGCAUGGCGGGAGGAAAGAUGUAGUAGUAUUAGUAAUAGUGAAAUCUCUCAAGCUAUAUCUGAAGCCAUUUUACUUUUGUUAUACUAAAUGCCAGCAGCUUCUACACCAGGACCUCAUGGUGCACUUAAUUAAAUCCACAGGCCAAAUGUUGCAUUUAUGAGCAUACUUCUGGGGAAAGGAUGCAUGUCUUUGAUUAUAGUAUCAAAAGAAACCAUGACUCAAAAAAAGCUAUUGUGGGGUGAAAGUUGCUGAGCUUAUGUUCCAGAAGUUCCUGCAGAAACCCAUACAAUACUAAACCCUUAGACAUUUAAUCGAAAAUUCGUUAAUUGUUUCUUGCUUUACUCCAACUACUUUGAUUAUAGAUGGGGCAUAAAUCACGGGGUCUUGCCUGGAGAACAUUACCACUUACAGAGGAGAUGGCAGUUUAUUGGGAGGUUAUUCAUUCCUGAGCCAAGAAUUUACUCCAGCUUCUUUCCCUCUGUACCACACAAUCGGAUGAAUACACUUGCUCAUUUUUUUUUAAAUUUUUUAAAAAUUACUUAUUUAUUUUGAGAGCAUGAGAGAGGAUCCCAAGCAGGCUCUGUGCUGUUGGCGCAGAGCUGGACGCAGGGCUUGAACUCACAAACCCUGCGAUCAUAACCUAAGCCGAAAUCGAGAUUCAGAGUCUUAACCGGCUGAGCCACCCAGGUGGCCCUACACUUGCUCUUAAAGAUUGCCAUUAGUGAACUGUUGCUGAACUUAGAAAAUCUUCCUUUUUUCAAUUUAAAAAUGGUAGAGUCUGUUACUCUUUUAAGUACUCUCUACCCCCAAUUCGAGGUAGACCCAGAGAGCAAGUCACAUGCUCUACCUACUGAAUCAGCCAAGUGGCCCUAGAGACAGUUACUCUUAAUUCUUGCAUAGCUUCAUAGAUGUUAAGGUUGAAUUAUUUUACUCUUAGUACAAGUCAAAGAUCUAUUAUUUUCAUCAUCUUAGUGUCUCAUGAUCUAGCUAAUAGCAAGACAGAUAAUGUGUUUAAGAUCAUCAGUAUUUAAACUGUCUAGCUAUACUUGUUUUUUCAAAAGUAACAAGAAUAGCUCUCAUUAGCACUUGCUGUAUGCCAGACUGUGUUCAAAACAUCAACUUAUAAGCACUGUCUUAUUUCAAGCCUAUAAUGUCUGAGUAGAUGUUUACAGGUGAAGGAAGUCAAACACAAGGAGACUGACCUGCUUGGGAUUGUACACUUAGUAGAGCCAGGACUCAAAUUUAUUUUAAUAUCCAGAUGCCAGAAAUCUUCAUGCUGUUGGUAAGAAAAACAACAUAAUGGAAGAUAAAGUAUGUCUUAGUGAUUUGUUGCUCAAGUAUGCCAAUCUUACAUGGAUGGAUAAUAGAAACAACUGCCAGGUGGUUAGUAUUUCUUUCCUGCUCUGUUCCUCUGAGCUUAGAAUGUCAGCAUUUUUGAGAAAGCAAGUACCCUGUAGUUCAAAGAGCUAUACAAUGAAGUUCCUUUUUGAAUUUGCACCUCAACUUGUGUAUUUGUGAGGUAACUCAGUGAUCAUGACUUAAAUUUGAAUUACUGUAUUCUAAUGAAUCCAUUUUUAAAAUGCAAUUUCACAGCCAUAAAAGGUUUAUCAGCCAUAAUUAUUUACAACUACUAGAACACAAUCUGAUAACUAUAUCACUUAUGAAUGAAUACUUUUAAGAACUUCAGAAUGCCUUGUUCUCCCUAGCUCUUAACAUCCUUCAAGAUGUAUCUCAAGUUUCAUCUUUUCAUAAGAAACCUUCCCUUCUUCUGUUUUCUCCUGGAUCUCAUUUGGGGUCUAUAGUACUUUAUAUUAUCUCCAGUAUCCCUCCAGCGUAGCAGAAAACAGCAAUACCUUGUGACCUUUAUUUCUUUUUAGCUAGAGUUUCUGAAGUAGAUAACCAGGUCUUUUGAUAUCUACAUCACAAUGGCAGUUAGCUAGUCCUCAAAUGAUUGCAAGUCUGAGGACACAAAGUCUUGCCCGGUGUCUUAAAGGAGUUCACAGUCCACUGGGGGAGAUUAUUAAAUAAGCAAAUUCAAUGUGUUGUCGGAGAUGAUAAAGAGAAAUAACGUGUAGUGGAAAGGACUUUGAGAAAUUCAAUGCCCAACCAAUUCAGUCCAAAUCUGGGCAUUGACAGUCUUUAAAAGCUCCAAGUGAUUCUUAUGAACAGCCAAGCUUCAUGCCACAUUUCCGAUUUCAUGGUCAGAACACUUUUCUUCAUAACAGGAGUUGCACUUUGUCCUUUGGAAUACUUUUGUCUUAUGAAAUUAUCAACAACAUGUGAAGUAUUUUUUGCUUUAUUUUUUUUAAGCCUACUGCUCACCAUAGUUAUGUAUGCUUUCUCCUAUUAACACCUUUGAUCCCCUUGUUGCUUUAUAUUUAGAUCUGUGGCGUUCAUAAAAUCGCUCGGAAACUAAGCAAUACAAACACAGUAAAUGCAUUAUAGAUACCAUGACAGUGAGAUGAAACUAAGUGCAAAUGACCAUCUGUGUUGCCAAUGGAGAACAGAAUUGAGGUCAAAUAUCAUUUCUGGGGUCUCCUUCCACCUCUGGAGAAGGAUAAAUCACUACUUUUGUGUAAAAGCAUCUGCCAUUUUCAAUUUUCAGAGUCUGUUGACUGUAAUCUUGCUGCUUAUAUGUACCUGUGCUUAUAUCCGAUCUUUGGCACCCAGCCUCCUGGACAGAAAUAAAACUGGAUUGUUGGGUAUAUUUUGGAAGUGCGCCAGAAUUGGUGAACGGAAGAGUCCUUACGUUGCAGUAUGCUGUAUAGUGAUGGCUUUCAGCAUUCUCUUCAUACAGUAGCUCGGAAAAAUAUCAGAAUUUAAUUGCCAUCGGAUUACAGUAUGAAAAAAUGACUUAUCUAUAGAAAAUAAUGGAAAGAAUGGUUAACCCUUUUAUCUCUGAACAUUGAAUGAGAUAAAUUUCCAGCUGCUGUUAUCUAUUUUUGUUAUUGGACCAAUGUUCUAUGUAAAUAGGAUGUAACCAUUUAAUACGCAGAGUUUAAUAUGUCUGUAACAAUCAGCCUCUGUACUCUCACUACAACAUUACAUUCUGCAAAUGUUAUUCUGUUAUGUCGGAUACCAGUUUUUAGUGAGGUAUCUCUUAAGACAUAGAAUAGAAAACAAAAUUGGUAAAUUACUCCACUUCCUUUCACUGUGAUUUGGAAAUGAUUAAUCUUUAUAGAAUGAGACAUUUUUCUGGGCUAGCUUUUUUACUGGGGGAAAAAAAGUUCAAUUUGUGUUGGUAAGGAUUGCAUUCAUAUUUAAUAAUGCUUGCUUUUCCUGUGGCCACACCAGACCAUUAACAGAGUACAUCUAAGCAAACUGUAUAGUGUACUACAGGCAUUUCAACUAUUUAAAACAAGCCUGUGUGGUUCUUAAGGUAAAUGAGAUGUGACUUAAGAGUAAUAUUGAGAAAAUGUCCAUAUGUAACAUAAAAGUUUAGAAUAGAUGACUGGUCCAGUAGCCUCUGAAAACUCUAGAUAAGUAUGGAUAAAUAUCUUACGAAUAAAUUGACCAGCUGUCAUUCUAUGAAUAAGACUACAUUCUUAGAGUGAAAAGAGCAAAAUAGAACAAUUCAGAAUAAUAAUCCUGUAUGUGUCUUUCUUUUUAGUGUCAGGUCUCCAGUUUUAAUUGCCCCAAAAUGCAAACUGAAUUUUUUUGUUUUUAAAUACAGCACUUUAAAUCUAGUUUACUUUUUGUGUGUCAUCUUGAACUGGAAUCUGCUGUCUAACUCAGUAGGCGAUGGUAAACAGUUUUCAAAUCUGCUUGUCUGUAUACCUUGGCAUAAGUGUCUUUGAGUUUUGAUAAUAAAGACCUUCAAUAACCUGCAUCAAAACAAGAGAAACAUUUGGAAUAUGACAUAAAUUUUGCAGUAGAGCAGUUAUUAAAAGGUCAUAGGUUCCUUUUUUUUUUUUUUUAAAGGUUUAACUGAAAUUCUGUUAGAAUUUCAAAGCUAGGGGAACUUAAAUAUCUUAGCUAAAAAUUGCCCAUCAUAGGUAGUACUAAUUAGAUAUUAUCCUUAGAUAUUAAUUCCUUUUCUCUUUUUAAGAAAAGAAAGUUAUUUAGAAUUAUUUGAAAAUGAGUCUGCCACUAGCUCUUUCUGCAGAAACAAAGUAUGGAAUUGAAAGCCAUCUUUUUUAAAGACCACUUUAAAGUACUUGAAAAGAAUUCUAGGAAACAUGUAAGAAAAGCUUGUGAUGUAUUGCCUGCUUUUUUUGCAAAAGAUAAAAGCUGCUGUAGGCUGUCUAUAUAUUUAUUUUACAAUUUUGGCCUAAGUAACUGGUAAAAAAUUGUCUAUUUUGCUUUAGACCAGGAAUCAGGCUAUGGUCAUUGUGUGUACUCUGAACUGUCUUUCUCCUGGGCUUUGCACUAGGUCAAGAAUUUUCCGGGUGUCCUAAAAAUAGGACUCUUAUCAGUAUAUACAUGCAGAGCAUGUCACCUUUCUGAGGCUGGUUUCUGAGUGGCCAUCUGUUGUCCAACUCUGCUGCAAGCUAGACUUUCCAAAAAGCUAUGUCAACUGAUUUUUUUAUGUGCUAACACAAAUCCAAAUCCAAUAUGAGUGGUAUGAAUAAAAGGAAGAAUAUUCUAGAUAAUCAGUUCUAAGACAUUUCUGAAAUUUUGACAUUUCGGAGGAGGUAGGUGGAAAGUGGAGGAAGAAAUAAUUUCUUUGAAAAAUGUGUGGUAGCAUAUAAAACUUGGUGCUGUGUGUAUAUGCUUAACAGAGUGGGAGGCAGCUCAUUUCUGACCCCAGACAUUGUGACUCUUUGGGACGUUAGGGACAUACAGGAUUCUGUAAAGAAAAGCAAUUAGCACUUUCCUUAAUGUAUUUUUUUCAAAGAGUUACCACAAUCCUGUUCUCUAGCCCAAAGGGCAAUGUAGGUAGUUUUAGGUCCACUUAGUAUUCAGAUAUUCCCAUUGUGGUCUUGGUGGGGUGGUCGGAUGCAGAAGAGGAUUAAGGAUCAAUUUUGCAUCAGGUGGCUGCCUCUGUCACGUGGUCUUACUACGGAGCUGGAUGGGAUGGUGGGCACCAUGUGUUGCAAGGCUUGAAUACUCUCCCUAACCUACUUCCUGGCUCUAGAAUCUUGAUUCCAUCUCUCGUGGAAACUGUUCUGUGCUGAUACUAAGUUCCUGAUUGGCCUCAGUUAUGCCCAUGUCAGGAGGACUUCGUUCCAAGCAGUCUUAAAAGAUGGCCAAUUAAAAGGACACUUAGUCAACUGAAUUCCCUCUGUGACUUAAAAAAAUUUGGAUUCAAGUCCAGUGUCUUGUUAAUGUCCAACUGUGCCACUCUCCGUGUUCAAAUUAAAAAAUUAGCCCUUUCACACUGGGGAUAAUAGCAAUACAUAAUUUGUAACAGGUUCCUUUAUCGUGAUAAUAUGCACAUUAGUUUUAUCUUAGGACAGAGGUCAGAAUGAAGUGACUUCUCCAGGUAUACAAAGUGAGAAACGAACAGGUCUCUGCCUAGUUUUCUGGGAAAAACCUAGCACUUGUAAAUAGAAUGUAUCACCAUUCUUUCAAGAAGCAUUUAUGGAGUGCAUACAGUACAUUAUCACUGAAGACAGAAAAACCGGUACACAAUUUCUGCCUUCUGAUAGUUCCUAAUGCAGUGGAUGGGAGAGAUUAUUUAUACAAAAGUGCAAUGUGAUAGCAUUUAUAACAGAUAAUGCCAGGAUUCUAGGAGAAAAUAAGGGUGACACCGUAGAGGUAAGAAUUUCCUUCCCGAGAAGCAGUGCUUACACUGAAUGAAGAGCAGUAUGCAAAAGCACCAGUGGUAUAUUUAUGGACUCUAAGUCCCUAGCUUGUUGUGCCACAUGAGGCGUAUUAAGACAUAAGCCUAAAAAGGUGGACAGAGGUUAGAUCCUAGGGCGUCUUCUAUUUUUUUUCUCACUUCUGUCUGUUACCUACCUCAAAAUUAGUUACAUGUAUUUUCCCUCCUACCUGACAAAAAACCUUCAAAAAAAAAAAGUUCUUCCUUUGGUGUAUGUGUAAACAAGGUUAAAUACAUCCAUGCCAGCCUUAAUUUGGACCAGGAAUACAAUACUAUACUCUCCAGAGACUCUCCUGCAUAGUAUAUAAAGCCAAGGUAACACUAGUCAGGGCAAAUAAUUUUAGGAACUCUUAGUGGCUCAUACUCCAUCGAUGCCCAAAGCAGCCGCGAUUCUAAGAAGCAGAAGUGGUUUUACCGUCUACAUUUCCCAGGUGCACAGAAAAGAUUUCUAAUAAGCAAGAACUUGUACUCUUUUCGAAGCCUUUGGGGAACUUCCUGGACCAUAGGAAGCUGCAAAGAAUGGAAGAUUCUUAGGGACCACUUUUCACACAUAUCCGGUAAAGGGUAGAUGUUCAAAAUAUAAGCAACUGAGUAAUACCAGCAUUGUUUAUACAGCCUUGUUAGUCUCCAUCAGCAAGUUACUACUAGCUUCAUAAUAAUGUCAUUUAUACACUGCCUUCCAUGAUUUCUUUUACUUUACCCUAAAGUAAUCCCAAAAUAAUCUGAAAUGCAGCUCCAAUAUCAGGAAAAAGGGGGGAGGUGGAAAUAAUAUUUCCUGUGAUUUUAAGAGAACAGAAUCAUCCUACUCUGGUUAGUGAAUAUGUCUGUGGUAUGUAAUAAAAAUCAAAAUGAA